AUGUCCUAUCCUCAGGGUUACCUCUACCAGCCCCCCGGCUCGCUGGCUCUGUACUCCUGCCCGGCGUACGGGGCGUCGGCGCUGGCGGCCCCCAGGAGCGAGGAGCUGGCCAGGUCUUCGUCGGGAUCGGCGUUCAGCCCUUACCCGGGAUCGGCAGCUUUCACCGCCCAGGCGGCGGCCACAGGCUUCACCAGCCCGCUCCAGUACUCCACAGACCCCGCCACGGGAUUCCCCUCCUAUAUGGGCUCCCCUUACGACGCCCAUACGACGGGGAUGACCGGAGCCAUCAGCUACCAUCCGUACGGCAGCCCUGCUUACCCCUACCAGCUCAACGACCCCGCGUACAGGAAAAACGCCACCCGCGACGCCACGGCCACGCUGAAGGCCUGGCUGCAGGAGCACCGCAAGAACCCCUACCCCACCAAGGGCGAGAAGAUCAUGCUGGCCAUCAUCACCAAGAUGACCCUGACCCAGGUCUCCACCUGGUUCGCCAACGCCCGCCGGCGGCUCAAGAAGGAGAACAAGAUGACCUGGGCCCCGCGGAACAAGAGCGAGGACGAGGACGACGACGAAGGCGACGGGGCGAGGAGUAAGGAGGAGAGUCCCGACAAGAUGCCCGAGAGCAACGAAACCUCUGCGGAGGACGAAGGGAUCAGCUUGCAAGUCGACUCGCUGACGGACCACUCCUGCUCCGCCGAAUCGGACGGCGAGAAGCUGCCCUGCCGAGCGGGAGACCCCCUCUGCGAGUCGGGCUCGGAGUGCAAAGACAAGUACGAGGACAUCGAGGAGGAGGAAGAGGACGACGACGAGGACGACGAGGAGGACAUCGAGGAGGACGACGGCGGCGGCGGGGAGCGCGACCCGCCGGCCAAGCCCGCCACCUCCUCGCCGCUGGCGGCCGUGGAGGCCCCGCUCCUCGGCCACCCGCACGCCGACGCCGCCCGCAGCGCUGGCAAGGCGGCGCUGGGGCCCCGCGCCUCCCCCGGCCCCCCGACGCCGGCCAGCAAGCCCAAGCUCUGGUCUCUGGCCGAAAUCGCCACCUCGGACCUCAAGAGUCAGACCCUGGGCCAAGGCUGCCAGCCCGCGCCGCUAUCCUCGGCCACCCCCGCCUCCGCCCCGCACAGCGCUGCCUACUCGCCCUCCUCCCUCCUGGGGAGGCAUAUUUAUUACACCUCACCUUUUUAUAGCAAUUAUACAAACUAUGGGAACUUUAACGCUCUGCAGAGCCAGGGAAUCCUGAGAUACAACUCGGCAGCAGUGGCUUCAAACGAGGGACUAAGUCAGACUGUCCUAAAUGCCAGCUCUGUCCACAAACAGAGCAGUGACUCUUUGAAAACGAUCACUAACCAGCUAGAACAUUACAGGCCCUCUAGCUAUGACUCUAAGAAAGAUCCCACUGAAGUCUGCACAGUAGGAGUACAACCAUACCUAUAG